AUGAACAGGGUCAAAAACUUGCGAAAGUCAGGAGCUGCCGCACGCAGAAUCACCUGUCCAGAAUGCAAGGCUGAGCUCGAUAGCAAUCUGGAGGACUUCAAGGCACACGUCCGCGACAAUGUCUCCGAGCAUGGCAAUCUGACCGGCGAUGCCGCCAUCGCGGAUGCUUUUGAACGGAUCAGCUUGAGAUCUACCGAAUAUGCCGGCCAGCCCUCGAACAAACUAUCAAAGAAGAGGUCGUCCGGCCCGGCUGCACUAGAGAGUAUCGACCACGGAGACACGAGCAUGGGCAACGAACGAGGGAACAAGAAAGUCUGCUCGCCGACUUCUUCUCAACACCAACAUGCAUCUCCCAAUAGAAAGCAUCCUGUCAAUAGGAGUCGUACACACCAAAAUAAUUCCGGUCGUUAUGGUUUAAGAGCUGGACUUGCCGGCCGCCCCUCCAACACAGAGCAGGGUUCUAUAGGUGUAGGUCGACAACCGAAAGGCAUCUUCCACGCUUCCAAAGCUUCCCAGCAGCAGCCACCUCCAAUUGACACUCAAUAUAACUUUACGAAAAACCUCAUCGAUAACCCACACACGUCGGUCACCCCCCAGCCAGAAACGAAUCCGAUUUCUCAUGAGCAAUUGGUAGCCGAAGUGAAGGGUAUCUAUGCCGGCUUGGUUAUGAUUGAAACAAAGUGUAUUGAGGUCGAUAAUUCCCAGUCAACAGACCCAGAGCAAAAGUUGACAAAAGAUCAAUGGCAAGCCCUUAUCGCGCUCCAUCGUACGCUCCUCCACGAGCACCAUGACUUUUUUCUGGCCAGCCAACAUCCUGGAGCCAACGCUGCACUUCGACGCCUCGCAUCAAAGUAUGCUAUGCCUGCACGUAUGUGGAGACACGGCAUUCACUCAUUUCUGGAGCUGCUUCGUCGCAGACUCCCUGAUUCGUAUGAGUACAUGCUUACCUUCCUCUAUCUGGCAUACGCAAUGAUGGCGUUGCUCUACGAGACUGUCCCUAAUUUCAAGGAUACAUGGGUUGAAUGUCUAGGAGAUAUUGCCAGGUACCGUAUGGCGAUUGAGGAUAAUGAUCUGAAGGAUCGCGAGACUUGGACAGGAGUCGCUCGCCAGUGGUACAGCCUCGCUUCGGAGAUGGCACCAUCAACUGGCCGACUCUACCACCAUCUUGCGAUCUUGGCCCGGCCGAAUGCUGUUGAACAGCUGUACUUCUAUACGAAGUCUCUCUGUGUUCUCAUUCCAUUUCAAAGUGCCAGGGAAAGCAUAAUGACUCUCUUCGAUCCGGUUCUUACCGCUGCUGCAGCGCCUCGUCUUCCUGCAAUUGAUGCUGCCUUUGUUCGUGUGCAUGGUAUCUUUUGCUCUAAGAAGAGCAAAGAACUCUUGGAUCCGUCUAUUGACGAGUAUUGUACGCUUUUGGAUCCUUACAUUGGCAAAGUGACGAAGAAGUUUCUCGAAGUCGGGCAAGUAUACCAGAUAGAAUAA